CGUAACCUCUCUGGCUCUACCUGUAUGUGACUUCUGUAUUAGGACAGGCAAGUGCUCAGUGACCAAGUAGCCUCUACUUACCGUGUGUUGCGCCGUGUAGCUGCCUGCCUAGUGUGUCUCACCCUUCCUCCAGAGCGUAAGAAGGAAGGACAGAAGGCAGCGCAGCCGCCAUGGGUCUGCUGUCACAGGGGUCCCCUCUUAACUGGGAAGAGACCAAGAAGUAUGCCGACCAUGUCCGGCACCAUGGUAUCGUCCAGUUCCUGCACAUCUACCACAAGUUGAAAGAACGGCAAAAGGACGUGCUGAAAUGGGGAGAUGAGGUGGAAUACAUGCUGGUAUCUUUCGAUCAUGUUAACAAGAAAGCUCGCUUGCUUCUUAAAGGAGGAGAGAUACUGGACACUCUCCAAAACAGAGGUGAAAAAAUAAAUCCAAAUCAUCCAACACUUUGGAGGCCUGAAUAUGGGAGUUACAUGAUUGAAGGGACACCCGGACAACCGUAUGGGGGAACCAUGUCUGAGUUUAACACUGUGGAAGACAAUAUGAGAAAAAGGCGCCAAGAAGCAUCAUCUUUGCUGUCAGAAAAUAAUUCCCUCUGCAGCAUCACUUCCUUCCCACGAUUGGGAUGUCCAGGGUUCACUAUGCCUGAGUUUCCUCCAACACCUGUGGAACAGGGUGCCUCCAAAUCUCUGUUCUUCCCAGAUCAGGCUAUCCAUAAACAUCCCAGGUUUAGUACAUUGACCAGAAACAUUCGACACAGGCGGGGUGAAAAAGUUGCCAUCAAUGUACCAAUUUUUAAAGACCAAAAUACACCAUCUCCAUUCAUUGAAAGGUUUCCCAAUGACAUGGACAAUGAAGCAGUUGCUGCUAAACCAGAUCACAUUUAUAUGGAUGCUAUGGGAUUUGGCAUGGGAAACUGCUGCCUUCAGGUAACGUUCCAGGCUUGCAGCAUUUCUGAAGCCAGGUAUCUUUAUGACCAACUAGCUACAAUAUGUCCUAUUAUGAUGGCUCUAAGUGCGGCAGCUCCAUUUUACAGAGGAUAUGUGUCUGAUAUAGACUGCCGUUGGGGAGUGAUCUCUGCAUCCGUAGAUGAUCGUACCAAAGAAGAAAGAGGGUUGGAACCUUUGAAAAAUAGCAAAUACCGAAUCAGUAAAUCUCGAUAUGAUUCCAUAGACAGCUAUUUGUCUAAAUGUGGAGAAAAAUACAAUGACAUUGAUUUGAUCAUUGAUAAAGAAAUCUACAACCAGUUAAUAACAGAAGGGAUUGAUCACCUGUUAGCCCAGCACAUUGCGCAUCUCUUUAUUAGAGAUCCUUUAACAUUGUUUGAGGAGAAGAUACAUCUAGAUGAUGCCAAUGAAUCUGACCAUUUCGAGAACAUUCAAUCAACAAACUGGCAGACUAUGAGGUUUAAACCUCCCCCACCAAAUUCUGACAUUGGAUGGAGGGUAGAAUUUCGUCCAGUGGAGGUCCAAUUAACAGACUUUGAAAACUCUGCAUAUGUUGUUUUUGUGGUGCUGCUUACCAGAGUAAUUCUGUCCUACAAACUGGAUUUUCUCAUUCCUUUGUCAAAGGUUGAUGAAAACAUGAAGAUGGCACAGAAGCGAGAUGCAGUGAAACAAGGAAUGUUUUACUUCAGGAAGGAUAUCUCUAAAGCUGGAAUUGCGGUCGUUGAUGGCUGUUGUUCUGCACAAAAUGGAAUGGAGAGUGACCCAGAAGAAUACACAUUAAUGAGCAUUGAUACGAUAAUCAAUGGAAAGGAAGGUGUUUUUCCCGGUUUAAUUCCAAUACUUAACUCAUACCUUGAAAAUAUGGAGGUGGAUGUUGAUACACGCUGCACCAUCUUGAAUUAUCUUAAACUCAUCAAAAAAAGAGCUUCAGGCGAAUUAAUGACUUGCGCGAGAUGGAUGAGAGAAUUUGUUGCAAGCCACCCAGAAUACAAGAAGGACAGUGUCAUUACUGACAGAAUGAAUUAUGAUCUAAUUAUGAAAUGUAACCAAAUUGCAAAUGACCUAACUGCUUGUCCAGAGCUUCUUGGGGUUACUGUCAAUAAAUCCAAGCCAAGUGGCAAUCAGUCUGUUCCUGUAUGAUGUGUAGUUCAGAGCAAAUCAAUGAAGCUCAAGAAAGGAAAUGUUUCGGGGUGAUGACCAAACUGUUUAUGCUACACUAAAACAAUGGGCUCCUUUGCCUUCAUGCAGCAGUAGUAGUAGUAGCAUCUCCAAUGAACCUGUUUCUGUUUAACGUUUAUACAGUGUAUCUGUGUAUAGUAAAAUAUUUUUAUGGCAAACAUUGUAUAUGCUACCAACAGUGUAUGAUUUCACUGUGAAAUUAAUUAUAUAUAUAUGUGUAGGAAAAAUAAUGUUCUUUGUUCUGUAUGGUACCACUUUGUGUGUUUUUUAUACUUUUCAUUUCUUUCAUUUAAUUGAUACCGAAUGUAUGCCAUCAUUCAUUUUCAAUACCUGUUAGCUGAAGUACCAGUAUACUUGUUCUGGAAGAAGAGUACAGAUUCCCUGUAUAUUCCAGAUACUUGGCAUAGCAUGCUAUGGUUAUUUGCUUACUCUAUUCUCUCUAUGGAGCAUUCAUUUUAGAUGCCUGUGUGCAUAUUUAAAGGAGAACUAAAGCUUAUCCAAAGAAGUAGGCUUCAAAUGUUGUACAUUAUGUUUUGGGCUUUUCUACCAGCCCAAGGCAACCACAGCCUUUUAGCAGUAAUUAUCUGUGCUUCUAAAGAUGCCCCAGUAGCUCCCUAUCUUCUUUUCUGCUAAUAUACUGCACAUACUCUGUGCUGCUGAUACUUAGGGACCGACAGCUGCUCAAAGCCCACUGAGCAUGUGAGUGUCACAGACACUUUCCAAGAUGGUGACCCCCUGUGACAAGUUUGAAGUCCUGGAUCAUUGCUGCUAUUGACAAGCUGAAACUUUAGGAUGGUGCAACAAUUUAAGUAUAUAAAAUAUGGCAUUUUUAGCCAAAUAAAUUUUUAGGGCUUAGUUCUUCUUUAAAUACAUUGUGCAAGAGCUUAUAUUGUUCAGAGGGGAGCCCAAUUCCAGAGCAUUCCGUUUAUCCCAUAGCAUUUCAUUUGUGCAGUCUGGUUUCUCUCAUCACAUAAUCUAAUAUAUUUUAAUAUAUGCUGCUCCAUAACUUCAAAUAUGUGCAAAAUUCCAAACUUUAAGCAAAACCACAACUGUAAACUGUGAUAGAUAAUAUUCUAAACUGCUAUGGGUAAUUGUAAUUUAUAAUAUAUUGUGUGCAUUUCUACCUAAAUUCCUGUUUUACUGGAAACCUCAUUGGCCUUAAAUAUUUAUGCAGAAUGUAAAAGAUCUAAAAAAUAUUGCUUGUAAUAAUGCACUGAUCCCUUCCAAAUGAAUCCAAAUGAAUGCAGCUUCCAGAGCGAGACUGGAUUUUUCAGUUUGGGACUUUCUGAUAAAAUGUCCAUGUGUGAUUCAUGGCCUAGGAGUGGAUGAGGCAGGACCAGUCAGAUCUGCCUUUAGUUCGGAGUGUUGAAAUGUUUACCUUCUUCCAAAUGUCAUAUGCUUUUGCAACCUGAGGAUGCCAAAUUUGUCAUUCAACACUGUUUUGAUCUGGAUGUACAUGAAAAUUGGGACUGAAAUGGGCUAAAAUAAAAUAUAAAUUCAAAUUUUAA